AUGAGUAAGGAGAAGAUCGGGAAUAUUCCAAAAAUAACCCCUCUCCAAAUCGCAUUAGGUUAUCCGCGGUCCAAUCCCUCCAGCCGAUUCUUCGUGCAGGCUUAUAAGAAAUUUAUUGAGGGGUAUAAGACCAGUGAUGGAGUGCCCGGAGUUUCCCUGAUUAAGUGGACCGAUGCAAGGCAGAGAGUUGACCUCGAGUAUAUGGCGAAGACAUUUGCAGUCAUAGAAGGCCGAGGACAGCAAUAUUGGCCAGCGAGCGAGAGCUCUUCUUCUGGGGACUCACUGAUCUGGGGACAGGAUGAUGAAAAAAUCGUCAAGCUGCUUGCCCAACUCUUUUUUCGCCAUAACCAGCAAGAACAUCAAAAAGGUCUUAACUCACCAUCCAAGAAGAAACAAGCAGCACGUAACGAGAGGCAGAGAUCUCAGACACUUGGACAAAGUGAAGUAAUGUCACCUUCAGUUCCAGGCGAGGAAAUGGACACAGACCCAUGGAACGAAGACGAUUUAGAUAAUGAUCCCACCCUUCCAGAUCCAGACACCCUUCUUCUACGCCCUAGGGGACCAGAUAAUCAAACUUUAUCGGCAGGUAAUAUGACCAACAUCACACCGCCUCCUCAAAACUCCACAGCGGCGAUAAAUCCUCCGAGCGACACUGCGGUCUCUUCUGAACCAACUGCCCCUGUCGCUCAGAUGACCGAACGUCCAGAGACCACCGCCGCUAUAGACGGUAUUACUGAGAAAUACACAUCAUCAGGCCGCAGCUGCCGACCAGUCCAGCGCCUUAAUUUUGUCGAAACACCAACCUUUGACACGGAGGAUGAUUCUCAAUCUUUGUCACCACCUCCAAGUCGACAAAGCGACCCAGGAUCCCGUCUCAGUCCAGAGCUUGGAACAGAGACCCCUGGAGAUUCUAAUGUCGGCACCUCACAGAAUCCUCGCGCAACUUCAGAGCCAAUGUUCUUUGAUAAGACCCAGCUGGCUACUGAAGACAUAACCCCUGUACAAGAGGCAAAUGAAGCGACUAGAGCUAUGCCUCCACCUCCUCUCCCUCAGGCCACAUAUCAGACACCAGGGGCUACCACUAGAAGGCCAAGAUACGGCAUCAAAUACAGUGUCGAAAAGUCACCUGGAAACCUCACGCUAUGGGAUCAUGACGGCACAUUCGGUCGCAUGUCAAUGUCGAAGUUUCAGUUUAUACAUGGCUUCCACGAUAUUGACGCUGUUCGAUUUAUUGUUCAGCGCGAAGGUAGGAUUUGGGAUGAUAGAGUCCAUAAAAACCACGAUGUUGCAUUUCAGGAUAUGAAGGUUCGCUUUCGAGGCCUAAUCAGGAAUGAUUUGGAUGGACUUGGCCCCGGUAGCGAUUUUAUUCCGUACGAUAUCUGGAUCAUGCCAAUUAGGAGUUCCGAAACUGAGGAGAAGUUUGUUCGAGAGCAGACGAUUGCGUUGUGA